ACUUGUCCGCCAGUUAAUGUUGUGUAAAUUCAAAUAUUCAUGUAGAAGUGACCGAAUAUACUCCAGAUAUCAGUGUGACAGUUGUGAACUGUUCUAGGGUUCUUGGACCCUAAGAGAGAGAGUUUCACUGACGAGAUUAAAGAAGAUUAUCAUUCACCAUGGAGCAGGCAAGGUACUCUAAUCAACAGCAGCCUGUAAACCCACAGCAGAAAGGCUAUGGCGGUCCAGGGCUACAGGACCUCCCAAAGCAAGAUCCAAUGCAGAAUACCAUGGAAUGGCAACAUCAUGGCUAUGGUAUGGAUUCAGGAUUCCAGAGCAAUGCCACCUCACAUGCCCCCUCUGUGAGCAGCAAGUCACGUGUAGAGGAUGGUGGUGGUGGUGGCGGUGAGGAGGCCGGAGCUCAGGGCAUGUUUGACUGGGAUGCUGGCUAUGGUCAGGCUUACACACAGGAACAGGUUGACGAGAUGAACCAGCAGCUGACCCAGACACGCUCUCAACGUGUGAGGGCAGCCAUGUUCCCAGAGACAUUGGAAGAGGGAGUUCAGAUCCCAUCCACCCAGUUUGACCCCGCCCACCCGACAGCUGUACAGCGCCUUUCAGAACCCUCCCAGAUGCUCAAGCAUGCCGUCGUCAACCUCAUCAACUACCAAGACGAUGCUGACCUGGCUACCAGGGCUAUCCCAGAGCUCACCAAGCUCCUCAAUGAUGAUGACUUGGUUGUGGUGAACCAGGCUGCUAUGAUGGUCCACCAGCUCUCCAAGAAGGAGGCCAGCCGACAUGCCAUCAUGAACUCCCCUCAGAUGGUGGCAGCCCUUGUCAGAGCUAUGUCCAACAGCAACGAUGCUGAGACUACCAGAUGUGCUGCCGGCACCCUGCACAAUCUCUCCCACCAUAGGGCAGGUCUGCUCCAGAUCUUCAAGAGUGGCGGCAUCCCAGCUCUCAUCAAGCUGCUCAGCUCCCCAGUAGAGUCUGUACUAUUCUAUGCCAUCACAACCCUCCACAACCUCCUUCUUCACCAAGAAGGCUCCAAGAUGGCCGUUCGUCUCGCAGGGGGCCUGCAGAAGAUGGUCGCUCUGCUCUCCCGCAACAAUCCUAAAUUCUUGGCCAUCACAACUGACUGCCUUCAGAUCCUGGCCUAUGGGAACCAGGAAAGCAAGUUGAUCAUCCUAGCCAGUGGAGGGCCAGCAGCUCUGGUGCACAUCAUGCGUACCUACGAGUAUGAGAAGCUUCUAUGGACCACCAGCAGGGUGCUCAAGGUGCUCUCUGUCUGUCAUAACAACAAACCAGGCAUCGUUGAAGCAGGAGGAAUGUCUGCCCUUGGUCUCCACCUUGGACAUCAAAGCAACCGCUUGGUCCAGAACUGUCUCUGGACCCUCAGGAAUCUCUCAGACUGUCAUCGUGGAACUGAUGACAUUGAGCCACUCCUUCAGAUGCUGGUACAGCUCCUAGCCUCCAAUGACAUCAACGUGGUGACCUGCGCCUGUGGCAUCCUGUCUAACCUGACCUGUAACAACACCCGUAACAAGAUGAUUGUCAGUCAGAUGGCUGGAGUUGAAGCCCUGGUACAGACACUCAUGAAAGCUGGAGACAGAGAGGAAAUCACAGAGCCAGCGGUAUGUGCCCUUCGUCAUGUGACUAGUCGCCACCCAGGGGCUGAGAUGUGUCAGAAUACAGUGCGUCUGAACUAUGGUAUCCCAGUCAUUGUGAAGCUCCUCCAUCCUCCAUCUAGAUGGCCUCUUAUCAAGGCCACUGUUGGUCUGAUUCGGAACCUGGCUCUCUGCUCUGCUAACCAUGCUCCACUCAGAGAACAAGGAGCUCUACACAGACUGGUACAACUUCUAAUGAGAGCUCAUCAAGACACACAGAGACGCUCAUCGAUGGGUAGCACCGGCAGCCAGGGAGGUAACUAUGCAGAUGGUGUACGUAUGGAGGACAUUGUUGAAGGUACUACAGGAGCUCUUCAUAUCCUAGCUAGAGACUCUCACAAUCGAGCACUCAUCCAAGGACUCAACUGCAUCCCUCUCUUUGUACAGUUGCUGUACUCCAACAUUGAGAACAUCCAGCGUGUUGCAGCCGGAGUGUUGUCUGAGCUGUCCCUAGAGAAGCAAGGUGCUGAGAUGAUUGAACAAGAAGGUGCUACUGCUCCCCUUACUGAGCUCCUCCACUCAAGGAACGAGGGAGUUGCAACCUAUGCAGCAGCAGUACUGUACCGUAUGUCAGAUGACAAGCCCCAGGACUACAAGAAGAGGAUCUCAGUUGAGUUAGGCAACUCUCUCUUCAGAGGUGAUUCAGUGCCAUGGGGUGAUCCACUUGAUAUGCCGUCUGACAACCAGAUCCUUCCACCAAGCUCUAUGGGAGGUCAUCCUUCAGACUCAAGCUAUCCCCAACAUGGCAGCGUACACAGUCUGCACAGUAAUCAUGGAGAGUACAGACAACCUCCACCUACCAUGCAAGGCUACCAUGAUGGUACAGGACCCAUUGAGCCUAUGAUGCAGGACCUGGAUCUGGGUGGAGGAGGAGACUUUGGCAUGGAUCCUGGUCUCCCUGACAUGGGACCACCAACAAACGAUCUGAGCCUUGACAGUAUCCCACCGGCAGACAACACCGGCCUGGCGUUCUUUGAUACCGAUCUGUAAACCACAUCAGACGGACAGACAAGAUAGACCUGUUACAAGGAACUACAAGAAAGUCUCAGCGUAUGAUUGUUUGGCGUACUACUGCUAGGAAUGAUAAUGGCCAAAUGCAUUUUACUGUAUGUUACAUCUGUAUACAGGUAAACCAUUAUGUACAUAGAUUGCUUGGUGAAUGGACUUGGGGAAUAAAGUAGGAAUCGUGACACCUCACAAAUCUCAAAACAGCAUUGAUCACUACAUCGUAUGCAAUGAGCUUGUAUGAAGAUGAUUUGUAAUUGGCUGAAUAGUGAUUUUAUGAGUAAAAAUAUGAUAAACAUAUAACAAAAAAAGUUAAACUUAAGUUGUAUUCAUACAAUGCAAUUUUAAAAGAAUGUAUUCAUUUUAUUUCAGACAAGAAAAAUGGAAGUAGCUUAGAUUUUAUCACAUCAUUUUUAUUUUGAAUCCAUAAAAUAUAUAAUUGGUGAGGGAAAUACAUACUUUCUCUGGUAAAUUCAAAAGACCAGCUUCUAUGAUUCAGUAUUAAUACUGCCCUUUGCUGAAGUGAAACUACAGUAUAUCAUCGUUUGAAUCAGUGACAUGUCGCCCUUUUCUACGUGUAUUCAAUCUGAUUGUUGCAUAUUUUACUCUUUAUUGCACCUUUUUAAGAGACAUCAAUAUGCAAAUAACUAUAAUAUGAUUCAGGAAUGGGCACUGUUUGAACCCAGAAACAGAUCAGGAUAAAGAUAUUGGAACCUUGCAAGAAUGUGGGGUACUGUUGGUUCAGAAUUAGCACUAGACCUUGGUUGGCACUAGGGGGACUGUGACUUUCUUCCUGGUGAUCUACUGAAAAGUGUCCUCUGAACCGAGGACCUUGUCAUAGUGGUGUAGCAGGAAGGAGUCUUGGCCUUCUAGAUGUUGCCACUAGACAUGUGCUCAAAUAGUUUACCCCCUUUGAAAAUAAUCCUUCUUCAAACUGAGCCAUGAUUCUGCAACAGCAAAAAGAAAUGGAUUAAAUAAGAUCUUAUUGAAGAGGAUAAAAAUGAUCCCCUAUCAUGCAUCGAUACAUCCUCUCAGAGAUGAAACUGUGUUGUGUUUCUCAAAAGAAACUUAUUCUAAAUAUUUCAUAUGAAAAUAAUAGCAUAUCAACCCACUUCGUCACUGAUUCGGUACACUGUCAUGUAUUUCAAAAACUGUAUUCUACUUUUUAGUAUUCACACUUUAUUCUUUCCUUGACAUGUAUUAUUGUUGUAUUCAUAUAAAUAUCAAAACGUUUGUGAUAACAACACUAAGAGGAGAAACAAAUUGAAGUUUGCUCCUUCAUUUUGUGAAUGAGAAAUAUUUAUUGACAUAUCACUGGGAGAAGCUCAUACUGAUAUUAAUUUAAAAUAUGCCUGUCUGUUGUUUUGAAGUUACGCGUUUGCGAGACCAAUACGGAGUUAAAAGUCAUUGCUGAAUUUGAGUUCUCUGUUCACAUAGUUAAUUAUGAUCAUUCAAUUAAGAUCCAUGAGCCGAUGACUGAAGGCUUAGUGAAAAAAUUUAAAAGACGUUCUUGUUCAAGUUUGAAAUUCAGAUUUAGGCAUGCAUAUGGCUUAUAUGUGCAGGUGGCUUGGUGUUUAAGAUAAAGAAAGCCCAUCUAAAGCUCACACUUUUAUAUAUAAAUAUGUACAUACUCCGAAGCAUCAUAUUACUUUUUUCCUCUCAUGAAAGCAUUUUUUAGAAGUGAGUGGAGUUUAAGUGUGCAAAAGAUAUUAUGUACUAUAUGUAGGGUAAUGUCUUCAUCUGGGCAGGGGGUUGGUCCGCAGGAAAAUAAAAUAAGGAAGGGAAGAAUAAAUGUUGAAAAAUUGAUGUAUUUAUCACGAUGCUCUGUAUAUAUCUAUUCUUACAUUUGUGAAUAAACAACAAUGAAAGCAUACACAUAAUUCAUUGAUGAAAUUGAAAAAUGAUUUGUAUUGAAAAUGUAAAUUUUAUCAUGACUCUGUUGAGCUGUUUUUGAUAAUAUGUGUACCGGUAUUCAACUCUAACUUUUCAAUUUGUAAUUCAGUAAUGUGAUUCUAAUCGCAAUUUGAUAUGGGGCUAUUCUGAACCAAGCUGGAAGAUACAGGCAAUGUAGCCAAUCAUGAGAUAUCUAUUUCAGGUAUAAUUUUGACGAGGCCUGAGCUUUACUUUUUAAGCAUUUCCCUUUUUUAGAGAGAAACGGGACAAUUUUUAAGAAAACAUAUUGUUCUUUUGGUUAGUUAGAUGGUCGUUUUUCUGUCAUUGUGAAUUAUGUUUGAUACAUUGUCUUUAGGUUGUACUGAAAUUGAGUGUUUGUCAUUGUUUUUUUUUCUUUUGUUUUUUUAGAUUUUUGUUUUCUUUGUAUAAGCAAUUCUAGUGAAAAAGAACUUCCUUUAUUGAUAAGAUUAGAAACCUGUUGUAGAGGAGACAUGUAAAGUGUUAUAGAAACUUGUAUAUACAUAAUCCAGUGAGCUGUGCUUUAUUCAAAUCAUAUUGUGUGAUUUCUAGAAACCAGCGGCCGCCAGCUCUGAAAAUAUCCACCAGAGAACAUUUCAUUUCUUCCUGAAUGAAUUAUUUAAAAAAGAAAUCUAGAAAAAUACCCCAAAAGAAUAUUUUUGUAAUCUUCCAUGCAAUGGAAUUGUAUCUGCUGGCAUUUAGUAUACAGAUAACUUGUUUAAUUGAUGUGAUAUUGAGAUAGGUUUGUAAAAAAGAAGUUAAAAGUAGUGACAGUAUUCAAACAGUAUUAGUGCACUUGUCUUUUUUUUUUUUUUAUAGUUCAUUUUGAUUAUUUUUGUCUUUAUUUGUAUUCAAAUGUACAGUUGUAUGGGAUUGUAUACUAUAUGAGUUCUUUUCAUGCACCAUUUAGAGACUCCCCAUGUUAGCAGUUUGUCAAAGGUUGUCUACCAUUAUCGCACCGGCAAACAUGAUUUGUGAAAUGCCCAUCUUAGAUAAAGUGAUUCAACGCUUAUUCAUUAAAUACUUAUUGCCGGCUUUUGAUACAAGUUUUGCUUGAGAGUUUACACAGAAAAAAGUCCUUCCGAUCAUUUUCUGUUUGGCUUGGUACAUCUUGAUUAAAUACUACACCACUUUUCAAAGAUAGUAGCAACGCACAUCUGCACAUAUAUUUUAUUAGUAUCAUCUGCUUACAGUGACAUAAAUAGCAUGCGUUUUUAAUUCAUGCUCUCAGAAUUCAUAACUUAUCAUACUGCUGUUGCAUGUUCAAAUCAAAUACAAGACUUGUUGAUUUAACCAAUUGUAGAGCUACGUGUAAGUAUUGGAACAGAUGGCAAACUGAAUUUAAAAAAAACAACAAGAUAAUUGGAUAGGGGCCAAGUACUAGGAGUUAUUAUGGCUUGCACCAAAUUUUCAUGUAAAAAGCAUUCCCCAGUACUAUAUCUUUAUUUAAAUCCCUUCCCUCAAUACUUUGAACUGUUUACGUACGUAACUGAGCUCAUGUAUAUUGCACUAUGCGCUUGUAAGUUUUUAGUAGAAUAAAUAAUGCAGAUUCAUUGUGUA